CCGGUUAGCGCCGGGAGUGCCGCGUUGACGCCGACGCUGGGUCUCUCUCAUGUUUCUAGGCGCGAAGAGCGCAUUGCAGAUUAGACUCUGGACCGGGCGUCAAGGGCAAAAUACAGUCCGCGCUGCGCGCGCGUACGAUCUCGAGGGACUCGGCGUGCACAUGCGCGCGCAGUUGCGGUGCGCAAAGCGCCCGAGGUGCGCACGCCCCGGAAACGCGAUCCGGAGAAACGGUCGCGGCGUUCGCGACGUCGCGCGCGUCGUUGCGCACAUCGGCGCGACAUAUACACCCCGCGCGCGCCUCGCGGGAGCGGAUACAACGCCACGAGCCGCGACGACGAUGCCCGCGCCGUCGUGGAGAUGACCGGGCCCGGUCGGGUCGCGCCGACCAGCCGCGUCCAGUAGCGCCGAAGGAUGUGACCGCUCGGGCGGCGGAGGCGUCAUCGCGGCGACGCUGCUGCGUUCUUCCUUCCUUCCUUCCCUCGCCUGCGGACGGAGCGCGCCGAGAGGCGGGCACCGGCGAGAGAUCGGGCACCGCGCGAGCGAGACGGAGCGAUGGCGGUCGCGGCGGGCUCGUUCGACGCCUGGCUCAGCGGGAAGCUGCAGGCGCUCAACACGGACGAGGGCGUCUUCGGCAGGUACAUCAAGGGCAUCCUCGAGGGCGACGAGUCCGAGGACGAGAAGGCCGAGGCGCUCAGGGACAUACUCGCGGGCAUAACGCAGGAGGAUAAUAUCGGCAAGCAUGUGGAGGAAAUCUUGAGCGCGUGGGCCAAGUGGCUGCCGACCAAGGAGGUGGCCGUGGCGCCCGCGCCAACGGAGGACGUCGACGUCCGGCUGGCAAAGAUGCUGGAGUCACAGAGCCUGCCCACGACGACGCAGAGGAGCUACACGGACGAGGAGAGACGGAUACGGGAGGCUAUACUGGCGCAAUACAGUCAAAUGUCCGACGAAGACAAUAGCGAAGGAGACGGGGAGGAGGACGGGGCGAGCGGCGGGGACUGCGGAAUCGAGAAGAACUUGAACGCAGCCACUAUCGUGCAGCAAGAGAGGGAGAAGAGGGAAAAGGCCAAGCUGGAGAGCCAGAAGAAAAAGGAGAAGGACAAGGAAGACAGGUAGGAUGCAACCAUCAGCGCUAAGAGCCUAUUUGCGAUACGACGAACACGCGAGACUUUGAGUAUUAAUAUUUUAGAGAGAAGCAAAAGCAAUUGAAGGAAGAGAAGAAGGAGAAGAGGAAAACCCAAAAGGGAGAGAGGCGAAGGUAGCAUCGAGGUAAAAGCGUUGGAAGAUUAAUUCCGAGAAUAUCGACUCCAUAUAUGCUGUGGUAUCCAUAUGUCUUAUCUGUAUUGUCGUGCAUGCAACGAUCUCCGGGCAGUUAUUUAAAUCAGUCAUCGACCUUGUAUUUUCAUUAGAAGUAUAUGUGUGUAGCGUCCAUCUGUCGUUAGACGACGAUUUCUUGAUCAGAUUCCGUACGAGUGCAUAUGUCGCCAAGUACGCGCAAGUACAUCUAAUGUUGGAUCAUCCUGUGCCUUCUCUUUCUCUCCGCAAAACGUAGUCCUCUUCCUCUCGAAAAGGUUUGUUACUUACUCGUUCCCUUUUUCUAUUCUCCAUCCCACUCCUAGCGUCUCUCGUAGUUGUCCGUAUUCCGAGUCCGCAUCCCUAUUCUCACUAAUUAAGAUUAGCAGCGAGAUAAACUCAUCGUUUGUAAGCGAACAGUCGUUCCGAGUGCCGACGCACCGUUUACCCAUCGACCUGCUUAGCAUAUUACGUUGUGUCUCAUACAAUUUAUGUAUUUAAUACGCGAGUAUGUUAAAUAAACUAUUUAAAUCUCACCGACA